AUGUUCUUAAAACGUGAAGCUCCUCAAAGUGCAAACAAAUUCAACUCAAACAAGUAAUAUCAAUAAUCUAUCUAAUCAAGAAAGGAUAUCCGUUAACAAGUUCCUUCUUUUGAUAAUCUCUAGGCUAGAAUCAGAGACUUCUCUUAUUCUCGUCUAUCUAAUGUUGUUGCUACUCAACCAUAAAGAAAUGAACCUACUUAUUCACCUUAUAAAGCAUAAGGACUUUAAUAGAAGUAUUAUUAUACUUAUAUUCAGAAUUACUGAUACUUUAGGACCACGUACUAAAUCAUUCAAUAGUGGAAAUAAGUGGAGAGAAUCAUUCCAAUCUCCAUCUAUUUCUUCAUAAUCACCUUUUAAAUUUGUACAAUCACCCCCUUAAAUCAAAUACAGUAUUGAAAGUGAAUCAUAUACCAAACCUUAAUCUGAUUCAUUCAAAUAUGAUUCCUUUCGUACUUCAUCUGAAUAUAUUAAAAAAAAAUAAGGACGUAAUCUAGCUGAUGUUGUUUAAUUGAAUGAAAUUGUUGCUCUUAGAAAUAAAAUUGAAUCAUCCUAUGUCAGCAGAAAUUCAUUGACUUCAACUUAUGUGAGUGAAUUAGUUAAGUUAGCAUAAGCAAUAACUACUUCAUUAAAAAAUGAAUGA